GUGUGGUAACCGACUGGCGCUGGCUGAUAUGAUGGUUGUUGGCGCUGUCAGAAGCUGCGGACGAGCGCGCGCCCGCGUUAAGAAUUUAAGAUGACGAACGGGAUGCUGCAGUCCAGUUUCAGCUGUUGAAGAGAACGUUUCUCAGGAAGACUACAGUAAGUCCCAGAGGAGGAUUGGAGGCAAGGCGGAAGGAUUGGAAGACGUGUGGACGUGGAAUAAGGAACAAUAAAGAUUGUGGAAAGUGGAAGUGAAAUUAAAGAUCAAGAUAGAAGCAGAUCAUUCGGAGCAAGGUGAAGGUCAACUGAAAAAGUGGUUUGGAAUAAAAUAUUAGAGCAGAAGAAGUUCCGGAAAGAAGAUAUACGUAAAAGUGAGCAAGAAGAUCCCCCCCGGUGACGAGGCUAGUGACGUGUCGGAGGCAUCUCUGCAUAACAACAGACAACAAAGCGCAGCGAACGCAGCAAACACAACAACCGCCAAGAUGAUGUCCAGAAAGUUGGUUGAGGAAUCGCGCGAUGCCGGAUUCCGUGACGUGCCAGAUCACUUCAAGAUUAGCAACUACGGCUAUGGCAAAGACAGUGUCAAGGUGCUGCACGUGGUGCGCAACGGAUUGGUUCACAGUAUUAAGGAGUUCGAGGUCGGAACCAAGCUGAAGUUGGCCAGUCAGAAGGAUUACCUGCAAGGAGACAACAGCGACAUCGUUGCUACGGAUUCUCAGAAGAACACGGUAUACCUACUGGCGCGCAAGUAUGGCCUGAAAUCGCCGGAAGAGUUUGGAAUUUUGCUGUGCGAUCACUUCCUGAACAAGUACUCCCACGUAAACGAGGUUUCCAUUCACAUCGAUGAGUAUCCCUGGUCCCGGAUGGGCUUCGGCAAGGGACCCUAUCAGGAUCUGCACAAUCACGCGUUUGUGUUCACUCCAACGGCGAUUCGGUAUUGCGACGUAACACAGAAGCGAGGCGACUCCAUGCCCACGGUCAUCAGUGGCCUUAGUGACCUCCGCGUGCUCAAAACCACCCAGUCUGCAUUCGUGAACUUCGUCAACGACGAGUACCGUUCCCUGCCCGACCAGCAUGAUCGCAUCUUCAGCACGGUAAUUCGUUCAUCAUGGCAGUACUCCACCGUGGCCGGAGUGGACUUUGACUUCUGCUGGAACAAGGUCAAACAAUGCAUCCUGAACACUUUCGCUGGCGAAACCGAGAAGGGUAUCUUCUCGCCCAGUGUUCAGAACACGCUCUACCUGGCGGAGAAGCUGGUACUUGAAAGCAUCCCGGAGGUGUCUUCGAUUGAUAUGACCAUGCCCAACAAACACUACUUCAACUUUGACUUCAGUAAGUUUCCCAAGCUGGUCCAGGGAGAAGAACUGAAGGAGGAGACUGUGUUUCUACCGGUUGACAAGCCUGCGGGAAUCAUCUACGCACAGCUGGACCGCAAAACGGUGACGAAGAGUAAGCUGUAGGAGUUGGUGAAAUGAGUGUUAGAUAUAAGGGAAAACUUAAGAAUCGAAAAUAUCUCGAAUAAAUUGUAUUAAAUUUUAUAACAA